AUGACUCCUGGUGGCCCCACUGCUGGGGCAAAGGAAGAAGGAGACUGCUGCCCUGACCGCCCAGGUACCAGCCGAGCCGCCAAAGCCGUGGACACAGCAUUCAAGUGCUGGGAAGGACUGGUCAGUGCGGAAGAAGUCAUGACGAGGAAGACCUCAAGCACCUUGGAGUUCUUCAACUUGGUGACCCGGAGCUCUAACAUCCCUGCGGGCGAGAGCGUCCCUGCGUUCGCGGAGAAUCCUCACUCGAUCACUGCGCCAGAGGGAGACAAAGCCGUGUUCCGAGCCCGGGUGCAAGGGAACCCCAAACCGCACGUCUCCUGGAAGAGGGAGAGCGGCAUCCCAAUUAAGGAGUCGGCCAUGAUUUUCUACGAUAGCAUCAACAAGGAGCACGUGCUGAAGCUGGAACCACUGACCUCAGAUGACUCUGACAACUACAAGUGCAUUGCAAGCAAUGACCAUGCAGAUGCCAUCUACACCGUGUCCUUGCUGGUGACAGAAGGUCAAGAGAAAAUGGAUUUCAAAAAGAUGUUGAAGAAGAGGGCCCCCCCUGCUCCCAAGAAGAAGCAGAAGAAGGUGACAAAUGAAAAAGAGAUGCUAGAGAUCUUGUCCAAGGUGCCCAAGAAGGACUUUGAGAAGGUCUGCAUGGAGUAUGGUUUCACCGACUUCCGGGGGCUGCUCAAAAAGCUCAAAGAGAUGAAGAAGAAAGUGGAGGUGGAGGCCAUCCGGAUUCUGAAGCCCCUGGAAGACGUUGAAACCAAGGUUGACACCACUGUGGUCUUUGACUGCAUCAUGGAGCUGAAGGACCCUAAUACCAAGAUGAUAUGGAUCAAGGGUAAUGAGCCACUGAGGAUUCAGUACUCCCUCGGCAAGUACAAUGUGAAGCAGAUGGGCACCAAAUACAUGCUGGUCAUUACCAACGUGAAUAUGAAUGAUGCAGGCAUCUACAGCCUGGCCGUGGGCGACAAGCGGAUGAGUGCAGAGCUCACAAUUCUGGAUGAGCCACUGAAGUUCCUGGGGGAGAUGAAGCCACUGAAGGUGACAGAGCGUGAGACAGCUGUGUUUGAGAUCCGCCUCUCCAAGAAAAUGCCUAACUUUGUGUGGAAAUUCAAUGGGAAGGAGCUGAAGAGGGAUGACAAGUAUGAAAUCACGGUGUCUGAAGAUGGUCUGACCCACACACUUAAGAUUAAAGAUGCCAGACUCAGUGACAGUGGCGAGAUCUCUGCCGAGGCAGGAAACGUAGUACAAAAGGCCCAGCUCACCAUUGACCGCAUUCCCAUCAAGUUUGUGAGCACUCUCAAGAAUGUACGUGUGAAAGAGAGAAGCCGUGCAUGCCUUGAGUGUGAACUGACGUCCAAGGAUGUGACACUGCACUGGAAGAAGGACGGGCGGCUGCUGGGGCAUGGCACCAAGUACAGCAUGAACCAUGAGGGCAAGCGAGCAGAGCUCAUCAUUGAGGAUGCACAGCUCAGCGACAGCGGCGAGUACACGGUGGUGGCCAUGCAGGAUGGGGACCCCACUGAAUACUUCAGUACUGCCAUGGUCACCGUGGAGGAGCGUCUGGCCACCGUGAAGAGCGGGAUGUCAGACGUGCACGCGGCCACCGGGAGCCCGGCCGAGCUAUGCGUAGUGCUGAACGACGAGAAGGUGGAGGGCGUGUGGCUAAAGGACGGCAAGGAGAUCACAGACUUGCCCGGCGUGCAGAUCGUGAAGCAGGGUGCGGUGCACAAGCUCAUCUUCCCCAGUAUGGGCCCGGAGCACGAGGGCAAGUACACUUUCCGGGCCAAGGGCGCAGAGAGCGAAGCCUCGGUGUUCGUCGCAGAUCCCCCCACCAUCGACCCGUCGGUGCUGGAGGCGCUGGCUGCGCACCCCGUGACCGUGAAGGUGGGCCACACGGCGAACAUCAAGGUGCCUUUCCGGGCAAAGCCGCUGCCUAAGGUGACAUGGUACAAGGAUGGCGUGGAGGUGACAGAGGAGGAGCGCGUGUCCAUGGAGCGUGGGGAAGACCAGGCCCAGCUCACCAUCUCAAACUGCAUGCGGGAGGACAGCGGGCUCAUCCUGCUCAGGCUCAAGAAUGACCACGGCGCAGUCACAGCCACCCUGCACCUCAGUGUGCUGGACCGUCCCAAGCCUCCACAGGGCCCGGUGGAGUUCCUGGAGCUCUCAGGCAGCUGUGUGCACAUGAAGUGGAAGGCCCCAAAGGACAACGGUGGGCGGCCCGUGACACAGUUCGUAGUGGAACGGAGGGCAGUUGGCAAAAACGCCUGGAUUAAGAUAGGCGAGGUGGACAGCAAAGUCACCAACUUCUCCACCAACAAGGUGGAGGAGGGAAAGGCCUACCAGUUCCGAAUCCUAGCAGUCAAUUCAGAAGGUGUGAGCGACCCACUGGAGACCAAAGAAGUAUUUGCAGGAAAUCCCAUCGAGCCCCCUGGUCUUACCUCCCAGCCUCAAGUGUCCGACGUGACCAAAGAGGCCAUGACUAUCACAUGGAAUGUCCCCACCCAAGAUGGGGGAGCCCCAGUGCUUGGCUACAUUGUGGAGCGAAGGAAGAAAGGCAGUAACUUGUGGGUGCCAGUUAACAAGGACCCCAUCCAGGGUACCAAGUGCACUGUGGAUGGUCUCUUGGAGGACACAGAAUAUGAAUUCCGAGUUAUAGCAGUGAAUAAGGCAGGCCCUGGGCAACCCAGUAUGCCGUCCAACUCAGUGGUAGCCAAGGACCCUGUCAAACCCCCAGGUCUGGUGCAAGGCCUACGCGUAUCAGAUUCUUCCAACUCCAGCAUCUCCCUGGCCUGGCGGGAGCCUGCAGAGGGAGACCCACCAUCCGGCUACGUCCUUGAGAUGAGGGCAGAAGACACCAAGGAAUGGUCCAAGUGCACAAAGAUCCCCAUCUCAGGCACCUGCUACACAGUGGGAGGCCUCACUGAGAGGAAGAAAUACUUCUUCCGUAUCCGAGCCGUGAAUGAGGCUGGGGUUGGGGAACCUGUGGAGCUGGAUGAGGGGGUCCGUGCCAUGCCACCACCAGCUGCCCCCAAGUUUGACCUUACUGCCCGGCUGAAGAGUCACAUGGUGGUCCGUGCUGGGACAGCCCUCUGCAUCCAUGCAGCCUUCUCUGGUUCACCACCACCCAACGUGAUCUGGCAGAAAGAUGGCAUUACCACCAAGGGCCGGGAAACCAUCACCAAGGGCAAAAACUACUCCCAAUUCCUCAUCAACAGCUCUAAGCGCUCGGACUCAGGGGUUUAUCGCAUCUUGCUCCAGAAUGAGUUUGGAGAGGCACACUGUGACAUCCACGUGUGUGUGGCAGAUUUCCCCCGGCCGCCGACGAACCUACGGCUGUUUGAAGAGGUCCCCAACACCGUAACUCUGACCUGGAACCACAGCCCGGACGUGCAGGAGGACGGUGAGGCCCACUACGUCAUCAUGAAGCGGGACGCCAGCACCGCCACCUGGUUCACCGCGGCCGAGCGCGUCUUCAGCAACAAGUAUACGGUGACCGGGCUGCUCCCGGGCAGGAAAUACUACUUCAGAGUGGUGGCCCGGAACGAAAUCGGUGACAGCGAUCCGCUCGACUCCAAGGAUACCUGGCUCGUCAACAAGGACAAGAUCGAGGACCUGAGUGCCAAGCUGAAGCCGUACCAGCAGAAAGAUUGGCGCCACGCGCCGCGCUUCCUGGCCCAGCUCAAGCCGCACGCGGUGCUGCGCGGCCAAGACUGCACCAUGACCUGCGCCUUCCUUGGGAACCCGAGGCCCACGGUGACUCUCUACAAGGGCGAGGUUAACAUCACAGCCAACUCCAAGUUCUGGUACAACUCCACCAGCGGCGUGUGCACCCUCGUCAUCCCCACUUGCACACUCAAGGACAGCGGCGACUACAGCGUGCUGAUAGAGAACGAGCUGGGCAAGGACCGCAGCACUUGCACGCUCACGGUCUACGAUAAAGAUGAUAAUUCAAUUCUAGCAUCAGUCACGGAGAGCCUGCAGAAGAAAUCAAAGCACCUUAUGUGAGCCCCAGCCCAGCCCCAGCAUCAGACGUAUAUUGUAACGUGGUGCAUCUUGGCCUGCCCACUGCAUGACCUCAGUGUGAGCAGCCCAGUUUGCUCUCUGAUGUUUGUUGAUGUAAAAUUUUGGUGAAGGGAUGGGCCAAUAAACUCACUGACCUCACCCUUGCCUGUUCCUGCCAGUGCUGUACAGCAGGGACCAAAGGGAUGGGCAUGAGCAUAGGACGGGGAUACUGAGGCCUGGACCACUGAGAGCCUGGCCCAAACCUACUCACAUGUGGAGUGAUCAGCCCGCUCUGACUGGGUCUUGA